AUGAACCCAACGCAAUUUCAUGAUCAACAUCGUCAUGCAAAGAAAGAGAGCACGUCCAACAUCGGGAAUGGUGGCAUUUGUCCCCCGCCCUUGAAAGUCAGCAGAGACUCUCAUUUGAUCAAGAAAUCAUCAUCCUCUUCGUCGUCGUCGUCGGCAGCCUCCUCCCUCGGCGUCAGCGGCCCCGUGAAGCCGCAACAGCAGCGUCACCCUGUCAUUAUCUACACACACUCUCCCAAAGUCAUCCACACACACCCUAAAGAUUUCAUGGCGUUGGUGCAGAAACUCACAGGGCUUUCACGCAAUGAAGAUGAUCAUCAAAAUCAUAAUAAUCAUGGGCCUCAUCAACCUAAGGCGGAGACUGGUGCCGCUUCCGUAGAGGAAGACAGCAAGAGGAUCAACAAUGAUGACAACGAAUCAUCAUCGGUUAUAACAGAUGAAAACUGUGAAGGGCAAGUAAAUUCUUGUUUUGUCCCACCUUUGUUUGAUCCACCAGCAGCUCCAUUUCUAAAUAUUCCAGUUUUUACGCCAAAUUCGACUGAUUUUCUUUGCGUCAAUCAUCAGCCUUUCUAUAAUUACACUGAUUCAUUGUUUUUCACACCAAACAUGAGAAGCUCUAUUUCAUCAUCUUCAGGGUUGGAGGGGAUGAAUGAAUUUCGUGAUUACUAA